AGCCUUGGCGACCAGUCGGCGCGCGUCCAACGACGAGGCAGGUCAUGAGCGGCGCACUGAGCGCCGUUGACCGCGAGCGAGCCGCGCACGAGACGUGAGCGUACCGUGAACGCGCCGUGAGUGAGCCGUGAGUGUGCCGUGAGUGUUCCGUGAGUGGACCGUGGGCGGGCGAGGUCCUGCGCCGGCCGGGGCCGGCCGUGACGUUGCGGCGAUGAGUGUGCGCGAUGCGAAUCGGCGAGGGCUCGUCUGGCUGAGUGUGUGGUCUUUCCUGCUGGCCGGGGAUGUAGCGCAAGGUGCGUGUCCGCAUCCGGCGGCCAACCUGAACAGUCGGGUCGAGCUGAGCUCCGAGGACCUGGCUGAGAACACCAUCGCCACGUACCAGUGUGACGCCGGCUUCCUGCAGCUCGGGGACGCCAGCCGGCUGUGCUCCGCCGACGACACCUGGACGGGCGAGCCCCUCACCUGCGCGACGAACGUGGCGCAGGGCAAGCCGUCCAGCCAGUCGUCGACGGCGCGCGGCGGGCCGCCUUCCAACGGCAACGACGGCGACCGAAGCACGGUCCACGACGGCGGCAAGUGCACCGAGACGCUGGAGCAGGCGUCGCCCUGGUGGCGGGUCGACCUGCUGGACGAGUACCCCAUCGAGCUGAUCCGCAUCACCACGCGGGGAUGCUGCGGUCAAAAGCCGCUGCAGGAUAUCGAGAUCCGCGUGGGCAGCAGUGCCUCGCUACAGCAGAACAGGCUAUGCGCCUGGUUCCCCGGCACGCUGGAGGAGGGCAAGGACAAGGACUUCCGCUGCGCGCGGCGCAUGUCCGGCCGCUACGUCUUCAUCCAGAUGGUUGGCGUGGGACGGCGCGCUCUCGCUCUGCGAGGGCUUACACAACGGGCCCGCCGCUGGCCGGCUUGCGCCAUCGCUCGCCGCGGUGUAACCCACCUCACCCUCUCUCGCUCGCGCGCCGCUUACGAAAGCAUACUGCACAGCGCGGAGCUCGCGAAGGAGCAAUGUGCGUCGGACGUGCCUCUCGACAGCCUGAGCCUCCACAACAAGACCUGCUACGAGUUCCAGCUGAGCUCCGGCGCCAACUUCCUGACGGCGCGCCAGCAGUGCCAGCGCUCCAACGGCGACCUGGUGCACACGAUGCCCGAGCCGGCCUUCAACUUCCUGCUGGACCGGCUGGAGCGUAGCAAGACAAAGAUGAAGACCCAGCUGCUUUGGAUUGGCGUGCGCAAGGGCUCUGGCAGGGGCGAGUGGCGCUGGGUGGACGGGCCUCAAAUCUGCGGUAGUCCCGACAAGAACGAGAACACGACGAUCGUGGGUGGCGACUUCGGCCUCAACCGCACCAUUUCCUAUCAGUGCCCCGAGGGCAACAAGGUGCUGUUCGCGCCGAUGCUUGCCUGGAUUCCGGAAGUUGCGAUGGCUGUUCCUGUGAAUGUGUAG